GUAUCACUAUUAUUUUGUUUUUACUACCAUGCAGCACGAUGCGGUGCUUUACGCAUAUUGUUAUACUACUGCCCAUGCCUUUAAUGCAAGCUCAUAUUUUGAAGCCACGAGUCUAUCUAAUUGAUUCGCAAAAUAAUCCUGUGCCUUCAAAAUGCACAAUGGGUGAAUUUGCAUGCGGCGGCACAGAAUACGGCUCCUAUGACUCCUCGUACAAGUGCGUCGAACCAGGGAUUUUCUCAUAUCAAGGCUCAUGUAGCCCUGGUUGCUGUAGUUUCUCGCCUUACAACGUUACAUAUUGCUGCUGCUGAGUCAAAGGCCGGUUUAACCCUAAGCCGCCAAUCAAUGCCAUAUGGGUCGUCAAAAUGGGUUACCGAAUAUGCUAGUGAUACUUUAGAUAUGGG